CCCAAUUCGGCAAUGCCACUGCUCAGCGAGUCGCCGACCAAAAUUGGGCAUUUCCACAUCUGGCGCAACCCUCCGGCGGCGGCGCGGCGGCGUAGGCAUCCGGCGCGGCGUCGUGCCUCCGUUUCCACAUCUUAGCCACAGGUCGCAGCAGGCGAGCAGCGCGGCUUCAUGUGGCCUGUUUAUUGAAGAUUGUUGAAGAAAGAAUACUCGUUUAAUCCGGAUUCUGAAGCAAUGAGUACCUGUAAAAAAGCCAGGGCGAAAUCUACAUCUGUUGUGAGUUCAGACAGACUGAGCAGUCUACCUCCAGAGAUAAAGGGCGACAUCCUCUCCCGUCUGAAUGUAGAAGAAGCGGUUAGGACUAGCACCUUAUCAAGUACUUGGAGGGAUGCAUGGACUAAUAUGCCAAAAAUAUUUCUGCGCGAUGGAAAUUUUGCAAGAACCAAGUUCGUCACAUUAGUCGAUAUGGUGCUAUCACUCCACAAGGGAACUGUAGAGAAGUUUGAUAUUUCAGGUAGCAAAACUUACCAUGACGAGUUCAGCAGAUGGAUGCUCAUGCUUUCUAGGAGAUCACCAAGAUCAAUUAUAAUCGAGUUGAACUCAGGGCCAGGGUACGAGAUUCCCUCAUGUCUAUUUUCUAUGGGCGAUUUGGAGCUUCUGCACCUGCAAAACUGCAUCAUCAGCUUGCCCCGGGUAUUCCAAGGUUUCAAGAGAUUAACUCGCCUCAGCCUGAAAAAUUUCUCGUCUACAGACAUGGACAUCCAAAAUCUGGUCUCGUUCUGCCGCGUACUGAUUUAUUUGGAACUAGCUUCUUUUGAGGGCAUCAACCAUCUAACCGUUCAAGCUCCUAAACUGAAACUUCUUUAUGUUGUUGGGGAUGUUGAAGACAUUAAUUUCGAUGCCCCUAAUUUGGAGGUGGCCGCUCUCUUUCUUGAUCAGAAAGCUAUAGCACAUCAUUCUGAUCCAACUGCGCUUCAAAAGGAAAGCUAUGCCAAGCAGUUAGUGGGAAGCCUAAGUGACAUCAAAACCCUUGCAAUUACCGGCUUUUUACUGAGGUAUCUAUCAAAAGGUUGCAUACUCACAAAGCUCCCUGCCGUGUUUGCUCGCCUGGAGAGUAUUUAUCUUGCGAUAUGCUUUGGGGACCAGCGGCAAUUCUUGGCCGCUUGUUCAUUGUUUCAGAAUGCCCCUAACUUAAAGAAGCUUGACUUGUGGAGUCAAUCUUUGAGCACAUGGGAUCAGGAUCAGGCGAGCAUUCCAGAGCUUACCAUGCAAGUGCAAUUGGAUCAUCUCGUAACAGCCAGUGUGAAAGGUUUCAGGGGUGUGGACUGUGAAGUUGGUUUCGUGGAGAAGCUACUGAACUGGGCACCGGCUCUGGAAGAAGUGAAGAUAGAAUGGCAGUGCAAAACAGAGUGCAGCAUGGUUCUUGCCAAGCUAUUAGCUCUGCCGAGGGUGUCUCCCAGGGCCAAGGUCAUUGUUACAUUUUGAUAAGCAUGCAUCCCUACAGUCUACAGAGCAUCCCCCAUCACUUGCCGGUUUAAUUUGCAGCCAACUAGAACUGUUUCAUCUUUCUUGAUGCCAAGACUAGAUGAUGGUUAUAUAUGUGUGCAUUGACGCAAAUCAUCAGGCAGAGGGAGUACUUAAUGUGCCAGUAUUAGCAAGUGUUAUCCUUUGUUGAGCCGGGGACACAAGCCGCUGUUGCCCGUGCUCAACCGUGUCAGCUCAGCCCGUCCUGUUGUUCUGCGUAAAGUAAAUUCCUGAUUCCAGAAAAUCUAAGAAAUAAUGAAAUAUAUAAUACACCUUCAUCUUGUAUCAACAAGAAUGAAGAUGUGAAUCAAAGGCAUGUAACUGUACCUUCCGCAUGUGUGACAUAUGCUGCCUGAAUCAGUGUACUUUCUGGAAAUCAAAGCAUUUAUCAGACUGGUUUCAGAUU